CCUCUGCAGAGACGGCACUUAAUCACACUUGCUGCUCUGUAAUGGACUUCACAUGCCUCCUCCUCCUCCUCCGAUCUGCUGUCCUCGCUCGAUGUGAUGCAGGGUCACGAGAACGGGAAACACCUUCCAAGGAGAAAACUCACAUGCACUUUCAUAACAGUCACACAGAGCUCCUGGCUGGAUGUUGAGGGAACGGCACAUGCUGCACGGGUCCAACUUGGAUAGCAACAGUCUCCAAACACCAAGUUCGUGGAGUUAAAAGUCUGAAGGAAAUGGACCAGCGAUGCUGCGGCCGUUGUCGUUGACGACGGGAGAAGCAGCGACACGGAGGAGAGCGAUUUCUCCGUCGCCUGGUCCGUGGAGCCGAUGGAACGAGCUCCAGACCUCAGUGACUUGAGGGACCUGUGUGAGGGCUGAAAUCAGAAGAAAGAAGAGAGUUGGACCUUCUGCUGCUGCUCCUGAUCAGCGGAGACUCACAGGACUGAGUGCAGCGGCUCAAGGUUCAAGAAAAGCGUUGUCAGCUCCUGAUUGCCGGGACCGUCUCUUGGUUUGACGCACAGAUGUAUAAAUAAAGGGUGUGCGUGUGCGUGCGUGUCAGCCUUCCAAGAACACUUGCUUAUUUCCGCGCUCACACACGCGACACCUCUCGGAAGGACCUUCCUGUUUACCGCCAGCUGCAGCCCGGUGCAUCCUGGCGGAGAGCCUGGCCUGUGACCUCUGACCCUCUAACCCUGGAGGGGCCGGGGGCUUCGACGGGGAGAAGAUGCGGUGUACCACCCUCCUGGCCCUGCUCAUCGGGGUCAUGCUGUACUUGGUGAUGGGAGCGCUCGUUUUCGGAACCCUGGAGCUCCCCGGGGAGAGUUUGGCGUACACAAACCUCCUCGCCACCAAGAACGCUUUCCUUGAGAACAACUCCUGUGUCACCGAGCUGGACUUCUACAAGCUUGUGAAGGGAGUGGCGUCUGCGGUGGAGUCUGGACUGGAUGUGAACAACCUUUCUGCCAACUUCUCCACCCGCUGGGACCUGGCCUCCGCCUUCUUCUUCUGUGGUACCAUCAUUACCACCAUAGGUUUUGGCAACCUGUCUCCUUUGACGUGGUACGGCCAGCUGUUCUGCGUGUGCUACGCCCUGGUGGGCAUCCCCAUGUUUGGCAUCCUGCUGGCUGGAGUGGGCGACCACAUGGGCACGGUGCUGCGGAGGGCUGUGGCAAAGAUGGAGACCCUCUUAAUGAAGCGGAAGGUCCGGCCGACCACCGUGCGCGUGAUCUCGGCCAUUCUCUCCAUCCUGAUUGGCUGUUUGAUAUUCCUCGCCGUCCCCACAGUUGUCUUCCAGGAAGUGGAGGACUGGUCGUUUCUGGAGUCGUUCUAUUUCGUGGUCAUCACUCUCACCACCGUUGGCUUUGGAGACUUCGUACCAGGUGGUCGCGAGGACGGCUGGUUCUUCAAGCCUCUGGUGUGGUUGUGGAUAGUGUUUGGUCUCGCCUACUUUGCCUCCAUCCUCACCAUGAUCGGGAACUGGCUGAAGGUGCUGUCCAAGAGGACCCGCGCUGAGAUGGAGGAGUUGCGGGCUCACGCCACGGACUGGACUCAGAACAUCCAGAACAUGUCCAUGGACUUCCGCAUCCCAAACCCGCUGGAGUUCAACGACCCGUUCCUCCUGCAGCGCCGGCGCUGGAAACGCAGCGAGCGGCGCCGCAUCCGGCGGGGGGGCGAGUGCACCCUGGGGCACCUGGCCCGGGGGGGCUCCGAGAACGGUCACCUGCCGAACCGCUGGGCCGGCCUGUCCAGCUCCAUGAGCCAGCUCCACGCCCACCUGUCUCUGGAGAGGGCGCGGGCGGCCAGGUCCAGGCCGCGGGUCGGCGGCGCGGGCACGGUGCCCGCGUUGAGAGUCGACCCCGCCGCGCGUCUGCAGGUGGAGGGCAGGCCGUUCCCCCCCCCGCUGGCCCGCUCCUUCUCCCUCCCCGUGGCCCGCUCCACCUUAGAGCUGGACAUGGCGGGUGCUGCCGCCAUGGGGGGAUCCCUCUCCGGAUCCGAGUCGACUUUCGACUCCAGGUCGGACGUCUCCCAGACCUCCUCGUGCCGCGGUUUGGCGCCGCCGCGAGAUUUGCAGCCCUGCUACACGGUCAGCCGCAUGGAGGAGGGGGGAGCACGAGCCGCGAACGCGGCGAGGGAGAAAGAGAAACUGAUUCCAGCAACGAGUGACCGAAGACGCGCUCCUGCUCCUGGUCCGCAACCGCGCUUCUCUCCUCAUCCUCCCUCGCGCCACCAAAUCUUCCUCCCCUCGCCUCCCCUCCAGGCCGCCUCCUCGGCCUCCUGCCAGCUGCUGGACUUCUUCGGGGAGAACCUGGCGUACAUUGACGAGUCCUCGGACACGCUGAGCGAUCGCGCCCAGCCGGGAGCGAGCGAUGAGAGGAGGAGACGGCCGCGAAAGCCGAAGAGGAGGAGCAUCAGGAGGCAGCUGUCGCACAAGUGGAGCCCCUUGCAAGUGAGGAGGCCCAACAGUGAUAUGGGGCCACCGUCGAAUCCCCCCACACCGCCCCCAGAAUCCCCUCUUUCAGACUCGCCACCAUCAGAGAACCAGGCGGGUUCGGGUCCGACCCUCUGACAGCGUGUCGAGGAGAGGUGGGACAUAUCGGUCAUAAAGCUGUGGGUUCAGCUCUGUGACCACUAGAAUAUUGUGUAACAAUAUAAUCACUAAUAAUACAAACACUGCUGUUGGCCUCACAAAGUCAGCCCACUAAUUCUACUUUGUUGCACGUGAGCUGACGAGGUUGAAACACCAGAAACCCUUUUUAUACUUGGGGUAAAUUAGCUUGGGGCACAAUAUCCCUACAGCCUCCUCCACACUGACGUUUGCUCCAGAGAACAACAAACAUCUGAAUAUAACUGAGGCUUAAUCUGAACUCAAAUGUGCUGCAAUAUCUGCAAUAUAUAUUCAAUAUCUUUAUCAAGCAAGCAAGCUGAUAAAUCUCCAAGCCGGCGUCAGUGGGCACCGAGGCAGUGCCAGAAACGUGUCCGACAGAAGUGGUUUCUAGGACCUUUCCAAUCGUGCUGGAGGACAUAGCAAUUUGUACAAAAUGACGCAGCAAUGCAAUUUAAAGUUGUUUAGAGAUAUUUCACUGCUACGGAGAUGCAUCAGGAACUCAAAGCAUGAGAAGUAGGAAUCAUCUGGGAACCAUCGCUUUGUUUUAUGGCAAUCCUUCCAGAAGUCGUUGAGACAUCUCAGUCUGGGCCAAAGCGGUGGAUGAACGACUUUGCCAUGUUGUGCCUACGUUUUACCAGGAUACGUAUGAAGGGGCCUUUUACACCUUUUAAUAUCCAUCACACCGAGUGAGUAAACUGCUCAGUUUGAGGCGUACGAGGUCACGAGACCAUCAUUAUCCUGACAUCAAUUCACGUAUUUAUCUUCCGUGUUAAUCUGUCUUUCUGCUUCUGAAAUCAAAAGAUGGUCUGCAGACAUGUUCACAAUUACCUCUCAGAUUUAUGUUUGCUUUCAAAACCUUGAAUUGUUAAUUAAGCAAUCGUAGAAGAAAUAGUACCUUUUCUUUGGAAUACAACGUUGUAGAGGAACAGGGGACACGAGCCCAAGAGCUUUUUACACAGCAAAGGCUUUUUUGUGUGUGGGACAACGUCUAUAAUCAGAAUUGAUCACAAGACUCAAUGCGCCGGGACCCGGGUGACUUACCACCUCGGCUGAAAACGUCCCCGGAAGAAAAUGUCUGCAGAGGACGAAGAACCUACGAACGUAAACUACUACGAGGAAUGAAGCCGCUGACUAAAACCUGCACAAAGGUCUCUUGAAUGUUUUAAUGGGGUUAAAAAAAGGGUCAAAGUUCCUGGCUACGGCUUUUUAUUGAAGCUUUUGUGCGCUUUACACCAUGAAAAGCAUCUUUGUGUGCUCAACGUGGAUAUAAGUGUUCAUGUCUAUCAAAGUAACACCGAGGUUACUUUAAGGCUUGUGGUAUUUAACACCACAAGUUUCUUUAAAUCACUUUCGAUGCUGCUUUUGGUUCAUUCCUCCGGUUUGUGUUUUAUUAUUUUGAAAGACUGAACCCUUCUGCCACACCAACAGCUGUGUAGGUGUUGUAGUACGACACCAUUUGUCCUCCUUUGAACCCUGAUGCCUCAUGACGUCUGUGAGGGAGAUGAAAUGGUUGUAAAGAAUUCAGCACGUCUGCUAGAACUCAAGGACACACACAAUACAUUUGGGCAGCAGCAAUUCUUUAGUGAUGUUACUGUUCACAAACUCCAAGCUGUUUUUGAGUGCGUUCACCCUUCAUGCUACACGUCUCCCAACCAUUCCUUUAAUUUGCCAGCUCCAAAUACAGCCUCUAAAAACAAAGUAUAUAAUAUGGAUAUUUUAGAGUUUCCCCCUGCGAUUCUCUAUGAUGAUGAUAAUAUCCCAAGCCUCUCACCGCCGGGGAGCAGGAGGUCUGAAAUGACCCUGAAAGUCCUGAGUGAACUCGGGCCUUGAGACAAACAUUCAGUUUCUGCUUACUCAGAAGCAGGAAGUACUACAAGAGGCCGUCGUGGCGUUCUGCCCUCCGCCAGCGCCAAAAUAAGUAGCCGGCCGAAUCCGCACCGCGAUUCGGUUACUUUGUCAACUGUUGACAGAAGGCUGGAAGGAGAAAGGAAUCCACAUGGCGACACGCCGCCGAGCCGAGCGGGACCCGUUAGCGGCGGGUACCACUUGACCCCUGACCUGCUUUUUUAAAGUGUAAGAGUAAGUUAAAAAAAAAGAAAAAGUCAUUAUAUGUUUCACUAUUGUGAGCCUUAAUGACCAAAUAAGGUUUUUUUUUUUAAAUCUCAUGGUAAUAAAUAGGAACUCCUUAUAUAGUAUGUCAUGACAAUUAAUUUAAAGGUAUUAAUAAAACAUAAUGGUAUCACAUGUAGUACAGUUGACAAAGUAAAAAGGUUUUUUUUCAUUGUUUAUUUCAUAUGACUUCCAUGGUCAGAAAACCCAACUCAACAUAAAACAGACAACUGUCACCAAAUAAGAUGUAAUGCCUCUUUUUACUUUAAAUGUAAAGAACAGCCGGGCCUCUGUGCGUUCGCCCCCCAGCUGUUUUGCUCCAGCGGGGCCUCAAGUCGAGGUCUCAGCUUCAAUAAUGCUGCGACCUCAGAUCGGUCUCAUUAUCGCUCUGCUGCUUGUAUAACUUUUCAUUUUGUGUUUGUGGUGCCCUGUUGCCCAGAGAGCUGUAUUUUAAUUUAACUGCCAGAAAUAAACAGGAACGACUUCAAUCUAGUUGUGUGACAAAUAAAGAAAAGAGAAAAAAGAGAA